CUCAAGUUGUUUCACCUGGACGCGCUGGACGGACAAGUUUGGCCUUUUUUCGUCAUUUUACUGCUUACAUAUUCUGUUUGGAAGAGAAGAUAUCACGUUUGAAAGGCGUUUUAGGCUUUCGAAGAUGGACGUGCAACAGGGAGGCGACUCGGCUGAUCCUUACGCGUUCGACGCCCCGUCUCAUGUAAUGGAUGAUUUUGACUUGGAUCCUGAAGAUAAUGCCGAUCAGUGGUUUGAUCUCAUGGCGGCCCCUAAAAAUGGCAAAGUUUUCUGUGAGCAGCUUGCAACCCCCUCCAGGGUGCCAAAACCUUUUGAUGGUGUGCAAAAUGAUCUGCCAAAAGCUGUAGUUUGUCCUAUGGUCAAAGAAGAAACAUCAGCCACAGGUGUCCCAGAUAAUACAGUCACAGAUCAGCCAUCUAAUAUUGUGACAUCGUGGGGUAACAGCAGGCCAACAGCAGCUACCGGUCAGGGUCAGAGAAAGGGCCUUCCAGCACAGCCACGCAGGGUGUCAAAGCGUCCAGUGGUCAAAAAUGAGCAAUCUCAAGCUCCUACAACACCACCUGUGAAGAAGAAGCGGAGAGUUGUUCCAACUCCAAAACGGACUGUUUUCCGUCACCUACGAAGGAGCUCCACAGGUCAGAGAUCAGUUCGCCGCAGUGCUGUCGCCGCAAGGAGCAGCAUCAGGCUGAAGAACAAACCACGUGUGUCCUCUGAUGCCGUAUCUGCAUCUACCUCCUCUGCGAACCAGCAGAGAAGCACAGAGCAGCAAGAGAUGGAGCGCAUUGAGGCUCUGCAGAAGGAGGUGGCUGAGCAGCGCAAGAGGAAUGAGGCCAGCUACAAAGCAGCACUGGCUGGAAGUCGUCCUCCAAAGAAGCAGGUGCUAUCCACUACCAUUCCCAAAGAGUUUAACUUCCGCUCAGAUAAUAGGCUGAAAAACCAGACUGAUGCUACUGAAGCUUCUUAUAAAGAGAUUGACUUUACUUCUCAACUGCGCAAACAUCCUGCCUCCCCUUUGAAGGCUUCUAAGGGCACCACAAUCCCAAAGCCCUUCAACCUUUCCACUGGUAGCAAAAGGAAGCUGGAUGAGACAGAUUCUUAUGUGCCCAUGGCCCAGCAGAUUGAACAGUUUGAGAAACGAACUCCCAGUCGCUAUCACCUGCGCAGCCGCAGGUGUCAAGAGAAGGGUCCAUCACCAGUGAAGACUGAGAGGCCUAAGGUCACUCAUCCUCAGACCCCUCAGCUGAUGACGCGCCAGAGGAGCCGUCCUGUCAUGGUGAAGAGCACUGCAGAGAUUGAAGCUGAAGAAGCAGAAAAACUGCGCCAGUUUAAAUUCAAGGCCCUAGAACUUAACCGUAAGAUCCUUGAAGGGGCUGUGGCUCCUAAGAAGCCGGCUCCUAAGGAAGCCACCCGCCCAGAGGGCUUCCAGCUGGAGGUGGAGAAACGUCUGCAGGAGCGUCAUGCCAAUAAAAAGUCAGAGGAACAUGAUCACACCUUCCACUCCAGACCCUUGCCAACCCGUAUUCUGGAAGAGGUGGUGGGUGUUCCAGAGAAGAAAGUGUUGAAUCCUACAGUCCCUGAAUCUCCAGCAUUUGCUCUCAAAAACCGUGUUCGUGUGGAACGCAAGACAGAAGAGGUGAAACCACCAGCUCCACUGAAGGCACUUCCUGUGCCCCACUUCUUACCUUUCCACCCCAAACCUGCUGUGAAGAACCAUGUAGAAGUGUGUCCUUUCUCAUUUGAGCAGCGUGAGCAGGAGCGUAAAGCACAGAAGAAGCGAUUGGAAGAGAUGAGACAUGAAGAGGUGCCCAAGUUCAAGGCUCGACCACUGCCAGACUUCCAUGAGGUGAAUCUUCCAGAAAAGAAGGUGAUUGAGCCCACCAAACCUGCUCCUUUCAGGCUGAUGGUAGAUGAGCGUGGAGCUGUAAAAAGUGAACGCUGGGAGCAGGUGGUAAAAGAGGAGUUUAAACAGCAAGCUGAUGCUGCAUGCUUUAAGGCACGACCCAAUGCAGUCAUACACAAAGAGCCUUUUGCACCAAAGAAAGAAAAUCGUUCCAUCUUGGCCAAUACUACCCAUUCUGCAGUUCCUGAAGGCUUCCAGCUGUCAACAGAGAGGCGGGCUAAAGAGCGGCUGGAGUUUGAGAGAGCGCUGAAGGAGAAGGAAGCCUUAAGGGCACAGAUGGAAGAGCAGCAGGAGAGAGAACGAGAGGAGCAAGAGAAGGAAGAAAUUUCCAGAUUGCGACAUGAACAGGUGCACAAAGCCCAGCCUAUCCGGCGCUACAAACCAAUUGAGCUGAAGCACAGUGAGGCCACUCUGACAGUGCCUCAGUCACCAAACUUCUCUGAUCGCUUCCGCAUGUAAAGACUCCUGGGACUAAAUUGUAUGUGUUGUUUUUGGCUUUUUAUAGCUCUUUUUUAUAUAUAAAUAUUGCAAGGCUGUAAAGUAAUGCUUUUUUAAUUGCAUGCAUAGUAAGGCCUAACUUUUUAUCUUCUGAGGCUAUAUAUUCUGCUAGCAAACUUUGUAUUUGCAUACCUCUUCACAUCUGGUCUGUUUCAUUAUGUAAACUGUUUGUAAAAUACACUUUACUUUCUCUCCUAAUGUAAUGUAGCCUCAUUCAUUUCCCUGUCUUUCUCUUACAUAAUAAAUGUUUUUAAAGGCGUA